CCCAGACUUUCCUCUCUCCACUUUUAAGGAUCCUUAACUUUAAUCUAAAAAAAAUAUUCCCACCCACAUAUCAAACACCCAAAAACUUAACACCUAUCUGCCCUGACAAACACAAACCCUUCUAGACUCCACUCCCCCAAAUAACUAACUACAAUCCACCCCAUCUCAAUUCCCUUUUUCCUACCCUUAAGUCGUUCUAGCCCACCAUCCAGCACACGGCAAUUUACAAUAACGAACUCCUCUUUGAAAAUUUCAUGUCACAAUAUCUUCGAAUUCCUUCUUCCCAUCAACGUAUCGGAUUUAUUUCUUCUAUGUUGACGGCAGAAACCUCCUCAAUACAGUAGACGGACGCGUCAUCGCAAAAGUGUUUCCAUCUUCGAGGACAAGUCAACGUCCAGCCGCUCGUUACAAAAGCAUCGUCGGUUUUUAUUAGGAAGGAAUAGAGGCUGUGCCAAAAGGAAAACCGGUUUAGGAUCGGUUUCGAUUCGACCUUCAACUAUACAUACAUCUUUUCAAAUUACUUUUUGUAAUAAUUACCAUUAAUCGAUCUACGGCACACAGUGGAUAGUGUCCUUUUCUAACGACCUGGGGUCGACAUAAAUCCCCCUAUCUCAACAUUUUGUCCGCGAAACGAUCCUCAAUUAUCAGCAAUCACAAUGGGGUUUGUACAGAGGGUAAUGAAGCGCAUGCCUUCAUCGACACAAUUGCCAUUGGAUGAUGGGAAGGAGAAGUCAAAAGUCACAUCUAGAUUGGCAUUUUUCAGGCGGCCGCUCCGAUUAAAGGGCAAUUCCAGUAUUUCGAUACCUCUCGGUGUAGUUUUAUUAUUUCCAUGUAUUGUCGUUGUAUUGAUUUUGGUGCUUUUCGUCCGACAUCCUAAAUCAGGUGUCGGAAUUUUAAUGCCAGCUGGAGCACCACCAGCUAUCAGGUAUGUAAUUUUCUUCCCUUAUAUUGAGAUGCCAGGUCCACUAACUCUAUGUGUGACUAUAGGAGGAUCAGUGAACAACAUGACAAGGUAUUCGUGACGGGAUGCGCGGAGCCUGAUACGAGUCAACCAAGAGCCAAUGCAGCAUUCGUUGUGCUGGCAAGAAAUAAGGAGUUGGAGGGAGUUAUUCAAUCAGUGAAAUCUAUCGAAAGACAUUUCAACCGGUGGUAUCAUUACCCAUACGUUUUCCUUAACGACCAAGAAUUCAACUCGACAUUCAAAGAAGUUAUUCAAAACUAUACCAGUGCGCCGUGCGAGUUUGGAACUAUCGACCCUAAGCAUUGGGGAUUCCCGGAUUGGAUCGAUCCUAAAGUCGCCAAAGAAGGUAUUGCUAAACAAGGUGAUGCUGCCAUUAUGUAUGGCGGUAUGGAGAGUUAUCAUUCUAUGUGCAGAUUUUAUUCAGGGUAUGCAUUUAAUCCAGUAGCUUGAGCUUGAGGAGAAUGAAAAAUGCUGAUGAUACUAGAUUCUUUUACAAACAUGAGCUUCUGGCUAAAUAUGAGUGGUACUGGCGUUUGGAGCCAGAAAUCAAGUACUUCUGUGAUAUUACAUAGUAUGUUUUGUUUUCCUUCAGCAUGGUUGCAAAUAAAGCUGACGAAUUUUUAGCGAUCCUUUCCUUAAGAUGAUUGAUGCGAACAAGACUUAUGGUUUUACCAUUGCCGUCAAGGAAUUGAAGGAGACAGUUCCAAAUAUCUUCCGUUACGCAUCUGCAUACAAAAGAGUUAACAACAUUACAUCUCAAGGUUUAUGGGAGAUGUUUAUCGAACCUCCACCUGAAGAGCCAAAGGAGGUCCCUGAAGAUGAUCCAGCUUAUAAAAGACCAUUACCCGAGGAAAUUCUACGAGGUGAUCCAUCCCGCGCAUCUUUACCAGAAAUCGAUCCGGAAGCUAUGGAAGGAGAGAAGUACAAUAUGUGUCAUUUCUGGUCGAAUUUCGAAAUUGCUCGACUCAGUUGGUUCAGAAGUAAGGAAUAUGAGGAUUUCUUCCAAAUGAUGGAUCGCAGUGGUGGAUUUUGGAUGGAAAGAGUAAGUUAUUAUCUAGGGGAUGUUUGACUAAAACUAACAACAACACAGUGGGGUGAUGCACCCAUCCAUUCUUUGGCCGCCGGCGCUCUUCUCGCUCCUCGCGAUAUCCAUUACUUCCGUGAUUUUGGCUACAGGCAUACAACGAUUCAGCAUUGUCCAGCAAACGCACCCGCACGCCAGAGAGCGCGCGAGCCUUUUCUAGAAAAGACUACACUGGACGAGAGGAAACGAAAGGAAGAAGAUGAGUACUGGGAUAAUUGGGAUCCUGUAAAGGAGAAUGGAGUGGGAUGUAGAUGUAGAUGCGACACGGAUAUUGUGGAUGUAGAGGGAAAACAGGGAAGUUGUUUGGCAGAAUGGGUAGAUGUUGCAGGAGGUUGGGCUAGUCCUUGAGAGGAUCAAUUGAACAAUGAGCGUUAGGAUAGGAUGUAUUGAAGGAUGCUAUGUCAUGCCACGAUUGAUGUAGGAAGUGAAAUGAUUUCUGAAGGAACCCUGAGGAUGAAAACGGGAAUGAAUGGCGGAUGACGAAAUGAGGAACUGGUGGCAGGGGAAAUGCAAAUGAAAAUGGAAAUGGAAAGAAUUGGUUGGGAUUGUAAAGGAUGUGAUGUUGCAUAUUAUCUUUUUUUAACUGUUCAUUAUUCAUGAUGAGAAACACAAAAUUGGUUCCUGGUCUGAUUGAUUUUUUUUCUCUUUUUGGUUUUGUGAAAUUUUU